GUUCAAUUGUUGUCAUUCGAAAUCGAGUCGUCGAGAGGUGGUGUUGUUGUUGCUUCGAGUUGUGCAACAGGUUGUCGUACUUAUUUUGUUUUUUCCCAUGACACUCGGAUGAUGACUUAGUGCAGUGUUGUGAUGCUGUGAGCAGUGUUUUUUUUUUUCUGGAAUUUUGGUUUUGUUUUUCUCAAAAUGGAUAUUUUUCUCCUGGGGAUUAUCCUGGCCAUGGCUGGCUUUGGAGGGUGUAAUGUGGACAUGGGGGUUAGAGGUAAGCUGACCGCGCUUUUAUCACCGCAAUCAAGACGUUUUCGGAUGACGUACAACGUGAGAUAGGGUGACGCUCAUUAAAAAAUAUUUUUUUUUAUCAUAAAAAUACCUUUCAACAAGGGAUCGCAUGACACGAGGGUUCUUUUAUUUCGUUAAUUUAUGGUUUUAAUUGGUACUGGUGCACGUAUGGCAUUCCUUUCUUUAUUAUCAGUUAAGAGAAUAUGCGGCGGAGUAUUUGGGAAGAUGUUUAUAGCCGGUUUCUUCGAAACAUGGAAGCAGAAGAAGAAGAAGAAGGAGGAGGAACACAAGCGCAAUUACGAUGGAAGAGAGAGUCAGUUUGUUGUUUGGCGCGAGCUGGUGAGGAGCUUGCGCCAUGUGAGGGACGAAACCGUCGACGGCCAUCAUGGGGAUACGCCACCUCCUGGUGUUGUUCGUUGUGGUGUUGUUGGUUUUGGUGGUGUGCGAUUGUAGACAGCACUACAACAGGAACAGACGCAGAGGCGGCGCCAAGGAUAAGGCGCUGGCUCUCCAUCACCAAGAGAAUGAGUUCCACAACAAGGGAAAGAUUUGCAUUGGAACAAACGGCCGCAUGUCCGUCCCCUCAAACCGCGAGCACCACUACCGCAACCUGAAGGACCGCUACACCAACUGCACCUACGUGGACGGCAACCUGGAGCUGACCUGGCUCCAGGACGAGAACCUGGACUUGAGCUUCCUCCAAUACAUCCGUGAAGUAACGGGUUACGUCCUCAUCUCGCACGUGGACAUCAAGCGCAUCGUCUUGCCCCGCCUCCAAAUCAUCCGCGGUCGCACCCUCUUCAAGAUGAACGUCCGCAACGAGGAGUUCGCCCUCUUGGUCAUCCUCUCCAAGAUGUACACCUUGGAGUUGCCCGCCCUCCGGGAUGUCCUCAUCGGAAACGUUGGAGUUUUCAACAAUUACAACCUUUGCCACUUCAAGACCAUCAACUGGAAGGAAAUCAUCACGGACCCCAAGAGCAAGUACGUCUUCGUCUACAACUUCACCUCCCCCGAACGCGACUGUCCCCCAUGUCACAAGAACUGUGAGAAAGGGUGUUGGGGGGAAGGCGAAGAAAACUGCCAGAAGUUUUCCAAGGAGAACUGCAGUCCACAGUGUUACCAAGGGCGGUGUUUCGGGCCGAACCCACGGGAGUGCUGCCACUUGUUUUGUGCGGGAGGUUGUACCGGACCUAAGCAAAGUGAUUGUAUCGCCUGUCGGAACUUUUACGACGAUGGGGUUUGCACACAGGAGUGCCCCCCUAUGAAAAUUUACAGCCCCAUUACGUACUCCUGGCAGGAUAACCCUAACGGGAAGUACGCUUACGGUGCCACGUGUGUGAAAAACUGCCCUGAACAUUUACUCAAAGACAAUGGGGCUUGCGUCCGGUCCUGCCCCCCUGACAAGAAGGCCCAUGAAGGGGCGUGUGUCCCUUGCAACGGCCCGUGCCCCAAAACCUGCCGCGUUGAUACUUUCAUCCAUUCUGGGAACAUUGACACCUUCAAGGGUUGUACUGUGAUAGAAGGCAAUAUCCUGAUUUUGCAAAACACCUUCGAGGGGUACCAACACUUCUACCCCAACUACACCUUCGGGGCCAGGUACCCCCGGAUGCACCCCGACCGCUUGGAGGUCUUUAGCACCCUGAAGGAGGUCACGGGGCAUAUCAACGUUCAAGCGUACCAUUCCGAUUUUACCAAUUUGUCGUACUUUAGAAACUUGGAAGUGAUCGGUGGUCGCUCACUUUCAGACUACUUCACUUCGCUGUAUAUUGUUAAAUCGUCGCUGAAAUCGCUCGAGUUGCGGUCGUUGAAGCGACUCAAUGCCGGGACGGUCGCCAUUUUGGAAAACACACACUUGUGUUUUGCUGAUAAUAUCAAUUGGGAUAAAAUCAGGAGGAGUCACGAGCAUGUGGUUAUGAUUUCGAAUAAUAGUGAUCCACGGUUGUGCAAGGGGAACAAUUUGGUGUGUGAUAGUGAGUGUAGUAGGGAUGGGUGUUGGGGGGCUGGACCCGAUCAGUGUUUGUCGUGUGCCCACUUCCAGCUCGAGAAUGAGAGUCGGUGUAUUGCCAACUGCUCCGUUUUGCCAGGGAUUUACCAAGACGGUCCCAACAUUUGCAAGCGCUGCCACGAAGAAUGCGGCUCUUCGUGCACAGGUCCAGGUGCCGACAAAUGCGUCACUUGCAAGCGCUUCCAGGAUGGUCCCUACUGCGUACCAUCCUGUCCCACUAACAAGUACCACGAAAACGGUCAGUGCAAGAGCUGCCACGCCAAUUGCGUCGGGGGAUGCACCGGUCCCACCAACAUUGUUGGUUUAGGCGGCUGUAACUCGUGCGACCGUGCUAUCAUGAACGAAACCGACUCCAUGGUCUAUUGCUUGGGCAGCAACGAGUCCUGUCCUGACGGCUACUUCAACGAGUACUUGGGGCCGCAGGAGAAGGAGUCGCUCAAAUCGCUGGCGGGCUCAGCGCUGUGCCGGAAAUGCCAUCCAAGAUGCAAGAUCUGUUCCGGCUUCGGUUUCCACGAACUAGUCUGCCAAAAAUGCACCCACUACAAGAAAGACGAGCAAUGCGAAGACGAAUGUCGUUCCGGUGACUACGCAGACGAAGAAGUCCAAGAAUGCAAACCUUGCGACCCUGAAUGUAAAGGCUGCACUGGUCCAGGUCCCGAAAACUGUAUUUCCUGCGAAAAUUUUAAAGUUUUCGACGACGGAUACGUUUCCGAAAACUCUUCCUUCCGCUGCGUGUCCUCAUGCCCACCUGAAUUCCCACACCGGGUUUUCCCCGACAAUGCCUUCUCCUACUGUUCCGACAAACCCUUGAACUUGCCCAUCUCUGGUUUCGUCGACAAUAACUACACUGUGGUGAUCGCCACGGGAAUCACUAGUGCGAUCAUCAUCAUCAUCAUAAUCAUAAUUUUGGUGACUUGGUUUUUUCGCAAGAAGGUCAAGGCGGAAGAGAGCACCUUGAAGAUGACCAUGGCGUUGACUGGGCUCGAAGACAACGAACCGUUGCGACAAACGAACGUUUCGCCCAAUUGUAAAAAAUUGCGCACGAUUAAGGAAACGGAAAUCAGGCGGGGGGAUAUUUUGGGGUAUGGCGCCUUCGGAACUGUCUAUAAAGGGGUCUGGAUUUUGGAAGAUGAGAACAAUUCGAAAAUCCCAGUCGCGAUUAAAGUCCUCCGGGACGGAUCAACCAGUAGCAAAGAAUUUUUAAGCGAGGCGUUUAUUAUGGCAAGUGUGGAACACCCUAAUCUCCUUCAGUUGUUGGGUGUUUGUAUGACUUCCGAGAUCAUGCUCAUAACCCAGUUGAUGCCUUUGGGUUGUUUGCUCGAUUUCGUCCGAAAAAACCGCGACCGCAUCGGCGCUAAAGCCCUUCUCAACUGGUCCACGCAAAUCGCCAAAGGAAUGGCAUACCUGGAGGAAAAACGCCUAGUCCACCGUGACCUCGCCGCUCGCAACGUCCUAGUCCAAACCCACUCCUGUGUCAAAAUCACCGACUUCGGCCUUGCCAAGCUCCUCGAUGUGGACGAAGACGAGUACAAAGCAGCUGGUGGUAAAAUGCCCAUCAAAUGGCUGGCCUUGGAGUGCAUCCAGCACCGGAUUUUCACGCACAAGUCGGACGUUUGGGCCUUCGGAGUGACCAUUUGGGAGUUGUUGACUUUUGGCGAACGCCCGUAUGAUAAUGUGCCGGCCAGGGACGUGCCAGAGCUGCUUGAGAAGGGGGAGAGGUUGCCACAGCCCGAGGGUUGUAGUAUCGAUGUUUACAUGAUCUUGGUCAAGUGCUGGAUUUUGGACGCCGAAAGUAGGCCCAGUUUUAAGGAGUUGGCGGAGGAUUUUACCAAAAUGGCGAGGGAUCCGUGCCGGUAUUUGGCUAUUACGGCCGAUAGGUUCGCCAGGAAUAGGAACAACGCACAGGAUGACCGUAAGCUGGUGCACACGCUUGCCUCCACCCUCGAAACCUCGGCCAGCCAAUCGGAGUGCGACGAGUACCUCCAGCCCAAGUCACGUGCGCCUUUGCGCCCCGUUGGUUGGAUGUCCUCCGUGUCGCCCUCCCCCACCCCCGACAAGUACUGGAAGUCGGCGUCGCAGACAAAUUCGGACGGCAGCUGCAACCCGCAAUACCAGAACCACUUGAACCGCAAGUUACUCAAGUACCCUCCAAGCACCGCUAGCGACACUUUGAAGAUGCGUGACGACAUGUCUUCCGAUGAGUACGACUCCGGUCCGUCCAAAGCUCAGCUGGGAAGUCUCAAAUUGGACUUACCGGUGGACGAGGACGACUAUCUCAUGCCGUCGCCGCAGCAGACGCAAGGCGCGUCUGCCUACGUCGACUUGAUCGACUCGAAAAACAGCGACACUUCAAACCAGAGCGUGUUCAGGUCUUUGGACUUCUACAAGAGCAAUAUUGACAAUCCUGAGUACCUUAUGAACAACGAGGCGGCGCCGAGUCAGACGGUGGGCUUGCCCCAGGUGCCGAGGAGCUCCGAGGAGGAGUCCGAUCAUGAAUAUUACAAUGACUUCGACCGCCUGAAGAGGGAGCUGCAGCCGCUGCAGCGGAACAAAGACGGCGCGAUCGUCUGAACGCAUGUACAAAACGGCCUUUUGUACUUUAGAGGGAAAGGGCUGUGUUCCACUAGGAGAUACUUAAGCGUAGGUUUAAGCGUGACAUAAUAGCGUGCCAUCAGGGCAUGGUUUGUAAAUAAUGUUGCAACAAAUGCGAUUUUUAUUCUCAAAUGUAUAUAAAUACCUAAACGUAUUUUUCUAGUAGGUUUUAAGGUUGAUUAACAAGUUGGGCGAGUUGCGGAGCGCCAAUCCUAAACGUUCUUGCCCAAACGCGACUGUGAUAAAAACGAACUUACAUGUGAAUAUGGAAAAAGUUUCAUACACUUAAACCCCUUCAUGCAUUUUGUAAACCCAGUUUUUUUGUUUUGUUUUUUGUUUGUAUGGUAUUAAAGCAAUUCCUCUAGUUAUUAGUUAUGGAAUUAGAAAGCUUGAAACGUUCGGUCUCAUGCAAAAUCUCAAUUGUACAUAAUUUUAUUUAUGUAGAAAUAGACUAUUUUUGUUAAUAUUUGCACUAAACUUGUGCCAUUCAUGUCGACAUGUGCCUAUGUUAUUUUUCCAUGUUACUACGUUUAUACAAAAUUUUAAUAAAUGCAUAUAUUUCAUAA